AUUAACCACAGAAUGUACUUAAUUAUAAAGGAAUCACUAAUGUAUUAACCACAAAAUGCAAAGGUUAUGACACCAAAGAAAGCAUACAAUAACAAGAGCUCCAAAGUACAAACAUUAUGCUAACUAAUAAACUAUGCCAAUCACCAAGCUUCCCAUAUCAAUCACCCAAGCACAUUUAUCCUAAUUCAAAGCCCCACUCUUUUUUCCUUUGCUUUAGUAAUCAUUGUUAUCUUCUCCAACAAUCUUGACAUGAAUGAAGAAUCACCCAAUACCAUACUCUCCUUUUCUUAGCUAAUAAAAACCCAACAUCUAUCUCCUAAUACUCAAACACAUUACACUUUGUUUCUCACUUCAAUUCAAAUGGGUCAUUUCUUGUUCAACUUCAUCCUCUUCAUUUUCUUAUGGGCUUCCCCAUUAGCACACUCUCGAACCACACCCUACACUACUCCUAAAACCACACUUCUCAAUGUUGCUACUUCAAUUCAAAAAACAUAUCAAGUUCUCAACUUCAAACAACAACAACAUAAGAGUUCUUUUUCUCCAUCGUCAUCAUUAGCAUCAGCGUCACUCUCUAUGCAGCUGCAUUCACGAGCAUCCCUUCAUAAACCUUCACACGCUGACUACAAGUCACUAACUUUAGCAAGACUCGCCCGCGACUCAGCCCGAGUCAACUCCAUAGUGACUCAGUUAGAUCCAAAUUUCAAUGUAGAGAAACUUUCUGGACCCAUUAUUUCCGGAACGAGUCAAGGAAGCGGCGAGUACUUCUCCCGAAUCGGAAUCGGUGAGCCACCGAGUCAAGCUUACAUGGUACUUGACACUGGCAGUGAUAUAAGCUGGGUACAAUGCGCACCAUGCGCCGAUUGUUACCACCAAGCCGACCCAAUCUUCGAGCCGGCUUCGUCGGCUUCUUACGCGCCGCUCACUUGUGAAGCCGCUCAGUGUAAAUGGCUUGAUCAAUCUCAGUGCCAUAACGGUAACUGUCUCUACGAAGUUUCCUACGGCGACGGCUCCUACACCGUCGGCGACUUCGUAACGGAGACUGUUACAAUCGGCGCUACUUCCGUUCGCAACAUAGCCAUCGGCUGCGGUCAUAAUAAUGAAGGUUUGUUCGUCGGCGCAGCCGGCUUGCUCGGCUUAGGCGGCGGGCCGCUUUCUUUUCCGGCUCAGCUCAAUUCGACGUCGUUUUCUUACUGUCUCGUAGAUCGUGACUCUGACUUGGUUUCAACUAUCGAGUUUGACUCUCCGUUUUCUCGUGACGCCGUUACCGCGCCGUUACGGCGUAACCCAGAGUUGAGCACUUUUUACUAUGUAGGACUCACGGGAAUUAGCGUCGGCGGCGAGUUACUUCCGAUUCCGGAAACGAGUUUUGAGGUGGAUCCCACGGGAAGUGGGGGGAUAAUCGUGGAUUCCGGCACGGCGGUGACACGGUUGCAGAGCAACGUGUAUAAUUUAGUUCGUGACGCGUUUAAGAGAGGGACUAAGGAUUUGCCGGCGACGAACGACGUGUCGUUGUUUGAUACGUGUUACGACUUGUCGUCGAAGACGAGCGUGGAAGUUCCGACGGUGGCGUUUCAUUUCGGAGAAGGGAAAGGGUUGGUGCUUCCGGCGAAAAAUUACCUGGUACCGGUUGAUUCGGUGGGGACGUUUUGUUUUGCGUUUGCUCCAACGAUGUCAUCUUUGUCAAUCAUCGGGAAUAUUCAGCAGCAAGGGACACGUGUCAGUUUUGAUCUUGGCCGUUCAAUUGUUGGAUUUUCCCCAAAUAGUUGCUAAUUUUUAUUUUUUAUUUUUUUGGUUACUGGAUUGGUUAGAAUGUAACCGUUACUACAUAGUGAUAGCAUAGGAUGUUGAUGUGUUUUAUUCUUUUCACGUGUGUUAUGUUGUGCAAUGAAUGAUGGGUCCAUUUGGACAAGGGUGCAACGUUGGCAGGACCAGCUGAAUGAAUCCCAUUAGUUGCGUUGCGUUGCAUUGCAUGUGAAUUGUGAACAAGGUGGACGGUGGUAGUAAAUUAAGUUUCUAUUUCUUUCUUUGGGUUGGGGUUAUUAUUGUACUCCCUGUCUUCUUUUAAAUGUGUUCUUUUUACUAUGUACUAUUUUAAUUUAUGAAAUUUAUUUAACCAUUCCAAAUUUUUAGUUC